CUACAUUAUUCUAUUCGUCUAACCUCGUUCAACUUCGCGAGUAGUGUGGAGGAGGCAUUAGAAUUUGAGUUUUUGCCAAAUAUCUUAUUUUUUCUAUAUGGCAGGAAUAUAUUAAUUACUCUUUCAGAAAGUAGUAACACUAAAACAUUAGUUGUCAUUACUUGCUCUGUGGUUGUCAAUUAUGUGAUGUCAGUUACGUAGUAACUAAUACUUAAUCUGUGGAUGUCAGCCUCUGCCCUCUUUGUCAGUGCAUCAAUGAAAUGUGAAUAAAUCUCUAGUUUUACUUUUUUUAGUUUGAUUUAUUGUGCAAUGAGAGAGCAUUUCAACUAGUUUUUAUUUCUAGAAAAUGACAGAAGAAUUAUAGUUUAGUGUACAUAACAAUUAAAAAGAGAUUGCAAGUGUUUGUGAUUUGGAAAACAAAUGUUCUGGGGUUAUAAAGUAUAGGUUAAUUAGCUUCCAAUAAACAAGCAUCAUGGUUCAGGCUACAGAUGAAAUGGAGCUUCCUGAUCUGCCACAAGCAUUAAAUUUGUUAAAAGAAAUGAAUAUGAAUAUACAACAAGUGUCUCAGCUCGUGGACAAUAUGUUGAUCCGUGUGAAAAGUGGUGAAAUGACAACUGAUAAAGGUUUGAGCUUUUUAGAAAUGAAGUAUCAAAUGUUAUUAAGUUAUUUAAUAAAUUUAACUUACAUUGUGCUAAGAAAAUGUUCAGGAGAAAAAAUUGAAUCUGAUCCUUCAAUUGAUAGACUUGUAGAAAUUAGAACGGUACUUGAAAAGAUACGUCCCAUAGAUUCUAAGUUAAAGUAUCAAAUAGAUAAACUUGUGAAAACAGCUGUUGUUGGUGCAACCUCAGAGGAGGAUCCACAGUCCUACCAUGCUAAUCCGGCUAAUCUAAUAAGCAAGGUUGAUAAAAGUGAAGAUGAAUCCAGUGAAAUGUCUGAUGAUGCUGAAAAACCCAAAGAUAAUAAAUCAAAUGUGUAUGUUCCUCCUAAACUGGCUGCAGUACACUAUGAAGAAAAUAUUCCAAGGAAAGACAAUGAAAAGAAUAAAGAGAGAGCUAGAAAGCAAUUCCUUAAUUCAAGUGUUAUGAGAGAACUUCGAGAAGAAUACUCUGAGGCACCAACGGAAGUCACAACAGGGAACUAUGUCAAGCACUCAAUUUCUAAACAGGAACAAGAAAAGACUGAGUAUGAAGAGAAUUAUCUAACACGCUUACCAGUUACAAAAGCUGAGAAGAAUCGUAGGAAAAAGCUAACUACAGUUGGUAUGCUUGCUGAUGAAAUAACUGGAAGCCGUAGCAUUUCCCGUAAACACAAGCUCAAAACUAAGAAAGGCAAAGGAUUCAAAAGAAGGAAAACACAUUAACCAUGAACCCUUCUCAAUUUUAUAAAUUAGUAACAUCAUACCCACUCAAUGUUUUUCAUAUUAUGUAAUUUUAAAUUUAAUUUAUAAGUUUGAGCCCUCAUUUUUUUAAUUUUAAGUAUGGAUAGCUUUUUACUUUUAAGACUGUAUAGGGGUUAAUCAAUUCAUUUGAGCAUUAAAAUUUAUAUUUUUAUAACUUUUUAUAAACAUAAAUAUAAAUUCUGUUAGGGAAUGUGUCAAAGUUAACUAGCAUAUCCAGUUAAUUCUUCAGUUAAUUAAGUGGAGUUAUAAAAAACACUUUUUAGUUAUUUUUUUAUAACAUAAGAAUUGAAUAAGGUACCUAAAUAGAUAACAAAAACGUUUAGAACAUGAUUGUAUUAUUAAGAACUGUCUCCCACACAAGCCUAUUGUUGUUGUAAAUGUCAAAUAUAAAUAAUAUAAAGUUUCAUUAAGAAAUAGAAUACAGGGUACUGAAUGAGAUAAUUUAUUUGCUAGAUUAAUUGCACAACUUUUUUUAAAACUAUAAUACAAUGUUAAAUAGUUUACAUAUUUUAUACACAUAGCAAGAUUUAUUAUUAAAUUCAUAUUGUGAUUUAUCUUGCCUUGCCCAGUGUGAGUGGAAAUCAUGGUUGUUACUAAAUGUAAAUUGGAAAGUAUUUGUCAAUGAUUGUCAAUGAUUACUAUGGGAAACAACCACAGAACAGUAAGAACAUAAUAGAAGUGCUAUAAUGUCAUAAUUAGUAUGAAAACCAGUGUCGCCAAACCCACACAUUUAAACCGAUAGUUAUACAGUA